AUGGCCAACGACGAGUACGACUUUCUCUUCAAAGUGGUGUUGAUUGGAGAUUCGGGUGUCGGAAAGUCCAACCUGCUUAGUCGAUUCACCCGCAACGAGUUCAACCUCGACUCCAAGUCGACCAUCGGCGUCGAGUUCGCCACCCGCUCCAUCCAAGUCGACUCCAAAACCAUCAAGGCUCAAAUCUGGGACACGGCAGGCCAGGAGCGCUACCGCGCCAUAACUUCGGCCUACUACCGCGGAGCCGUCGGGGCCCUGCUCGUCUACGAUAUCAGCAAGCAUCAGACCUACGAGAACGUGACCCGGUGGCUCAAGGAGCUGAGGGACCAUGCCGACGCCAACAUAGUAAUCAUGCUGGUUGGAAACAAGAGCGAUUUGCGCCACCUGCGCGCAGUGCCGACCGAAGAGGCCAAGGCAUUUGCAAGCGAAAAUCACCUGUCAUUUAUCGAGACUUCGGCUUUCGAUGCCAGCAACGUCGAGCUUGCUUUCCAAAACAUUCUGACAGAGAUCUACCGCAUCGUAUCAAGCAAGGCCCUCGACAGUGGAGACACUCCAUCAAUGCCGCAGACGGGCACCAACAUUGCGCUGUCCAAUCCGACGGAGGACUCUGCCGCCAAGAAUGGCAAAUGCUGUUAA